GGAAUUGUUCGGGCCUUCACUAGACACCGCAAAUUGACCACCCUCUCAGUAGUCUUUCUGAAACCGCCAGCAUGACAAAAACAUAUUCCUUCACCACCAUGGAGAUUAUUAUAUUUAUCGCGUUGGAUCUCCCCAUGGUCGGGGAGGAUUUCACUCAACACUCCUGUGUAUCCUCUACUCUCUACCUCCCUACAAUCGUGUCUCCGACUCUCUAGCCCAGUCGGUCCUUUGUGCUCAUUUGACCUGCCUGCUUGCUCCUGACCGAAUAUCUUCUGUCAAUUGUUUUCCCGACGCGAUGGGUCUCUGGGAAUCGUCCUUGGCGUACCCCAAUCUGGGCCAACCCCCAUACACUGACUUGUUGACAUUUGCGUUCCGCAGCCCCUACCACUACGACAAGGAGCGUCCACUGUUCAUUGACGCUGAAAACCCGUCACAGUCUUUCAGUGCGCGACAGUUUGAGACCCUUGUUCGGACACUGAUUGCAGGAUUAAGGGCCCAUGAUGUGCAGAAAGGGGAUUGUGUGUUGGUCCACCUCGGGAAUAGUAUCAUUUACCCCGCUCUCUUCUAUAGUAUCAUCGGCGCCGGCGGCGUGUUCAUGGGUACCAACGCACGAAGUCAACCACAAGAAUUAGACCACCUUCUCCAGCUAGCUGAACCCAAAUUGAUUGUCACUUCGCGUGAUGCGCUUCCCACCGUCCUCAAGGUCUCGGCCGACCGGGAAAUGCUCCCCAGGCAGGUUUGCCUAUUGGACGAGUUCGCAGGGGAUCACAUCGGUCAACUCCUGUACUCGGGACCCUUAGCCUAUGCGGCCGCAAGCGCCCCAUAUCUAUCCAACAGUGGAGAUGAAACCUACCUCAGCUUCGCUCACCUUCUUGCGUACGGCGAAGACAAUUGGCUCGCCUUCCAUGACGAGAUGAUUGCCAAAUCGACCCCGGCCGCGAUGUUCCCCACCAGCGGCACCGGGGGGUUACCCAAGGCGGCGAUUCUGUCGCAUCACGCUAUCAUCUCGCAACAUCUCAGCAUCCAGUACGAGGUUCCCUACGAGGUGACGCGGUUAAUGUCACUACCCAUGUUCCAUCUGUUCGGGGCCCUGUGGACCCACCUGUUCCCCAUUCGCUACGGACAGCCAUUGUUUGUGCUCUCGCGCUUCGAACUAGCGCAGUUUGUCACGGCGGUGUAUCAGUAUCGCAUCUCCGAGACUUACAUGGUCCCAGCCAUGAUCCACGCGUUCAAUCGCGCGACUAUCCCGGUUGCGGGCUACCUGUCGUCGCUGCGCUACGUUGGCGUGGCCGGCGCGCCCAUUGACGGAGCGUCCAUGCAACAAUUCCAGCAACUACUUCAUGGCGAGGCACAAGCCUCCCAGCUGUGGGGGAUGACGGAAGUAGGUGUGGUGUUCCAGAACCGGUACGGAGAGCCAGGCCACCCCGGAAGUAUCGGAAGGCAGCGUUCGGGGUACGAGGUUCGGUUGGUAGGCCAGGAGGGGGAAUUGGUCACGGAGGAGAACAAGCCUGGGGAGUUGUAUGUGCGGGGGGCAGGCCUUCUGAUGGGUUAUAAGGGACGCAGCGAUGCCAAAGACGGGCAUGGGUGGUUCCGCACCGGGGACGUGGCUUAUGUUCGGGACGGGGUAUAUUACAUUCACGGCCGUACCAAGGAGCUGAUCAAGGUUCGAGGAUGGCAGGUCGCGCCGGCCGAGCUCGAGGCAGUCCUACUGCAACACCCCGGCAUUGAGGACGCGGCGGUAAUCGGGGUUACAUCGCACGACGGCAGCACGGAGCUGCCGCGCGCCUUCAUCGUGCGGGCCAGAACCCCCACGGGCACUCGGUUGACGGCCGACGAAGCGUACUCGUUCACGCGGCAGCAGCUGGUCAGCUACAAGGCGCUGGAUGGGGGCAUCAUCUUCGUGGAGGAGAUCCCGCGCACGGCGAGUGGGAAGAUCCAACGGUUCCGGCUCGCGCAGAUGAACACCUAUCGCGAGAUCGUCAGUUCGCUACUGACGCGCUUCAACAAGGGAGGCGCUAGUCUUCAGACGGUGGGGAUCAUGCAUAAUGGUCGCAUUACGGUUUGAUUGAAGGUGGGGCAAUUUCUAGGUUGGACUUCUUAUCUUGGUGACGGGUGGAUUACGCGUUUGCAGUUUUUUUUCUGGUCAUGGUACUGUACAUGGGGAAUGAUUUGAGGCGUUUCGGGAUAAGUACUGGGGUUGAGACUAUAUACCAUAUACACAAUCGGCGAGACAAGAUUGAGGGUCAAGGUUGGCAUCGACAGACGAUAUACCAGGCUAUCUAGAUCCACAGAAGAAUACAUCUUCAAU